CUUACCUCCUGCUGGCCUCCAGUCCCAUCUCUUCCGCACCCAUCUUUCAUUCACUCAUUCUCGUCGCUCCUUCCGCUCUCCACAUCUAUCAACGGUCGCCACUCCCACGCUUCACGCUAGCUGCGCCACCAAAAUGCCCAAGAACCUCGUCGUCUUCGACUUUGACUGGUCCUUUGUGGACCAGGACACGGAUCGCUGGGUCUUCGAGGUCCUCAGCACCAAGCUCCGCCGCACGCUGCAGGACCGCAAGAGCGCCGGAAGCCAGUGCAUGCCUGAUGUUGUCGACCAGACGAUGGAGGACCUCUUCAACGCCGGCUACAAGAAGGAGCAGGUGCUCGAUGCGCUCCGCCAGCUCCCUGUGCACCCGGCGAUGAAGCGCGCCGUUACGGGGCUCAAGAACCGCGGCGACACCACGUUCCUCUGCCUGUCCAACUCGAACGAGGUGUACAUUGGGACGAUCCUCGAGCACCACGGCCUCACGCACCUCUUCGACAAGGUGAUUACGAACCCGGCGCGGUGGGACGGCGACCGGCUGCACAUCGGGCGGCGCUUGCCCGCCGACGGCCCGCAGCACGGGUGCACGGUCGGCUGCCUGCCGAACAUGUGCAAGGGGGACGAGCUGGACGCGUGGCUUGUCGCGCACGGCGGCAAGGAGUCGUGGGACAAGAUCGUGUAUGUCGGCGACGGCGGGAACGACUACUGCCCCCUGCUGCGCAUGCGGAAGGGCGACCUCGCGUGUGUGCGCAAGGGAUACGAGCUGGGCGGGCGCAUCGAGCGCGAAGGCGAGAAGGACGGGUUUGCGCUCGACGUCGAGAUGUGGGACCAGGCGUGGAUUAUCGAUGAGAUUUUCUCCAAGCUCUAGAGAGCUGGGUAUGCAUAGAUGAGAAGGGUAUGCGCUUCGCAAGGACAUGGAUGGCGAUGGGGCGUGCAUCUGCAAAUCGCAACGCGAGGUUUGCUCGACCUCACUCGAGUCCGCUCCAGCGCGCAUCUCAACCCGCACUGCUACUUUCCCGCACUUGAGUGGAAAUGCCGCUUGGGCCAGGCACAUCCGUCUGGGCUGGUACGACUUGUUGAGAAGGCUGG